AUGCACCAACUUAUCAGCUCCCGCCUGCAACGUGCAGCCACCUCCCCCCCUCAAAUCAUCGGUGAACGAAACUGCGGCAGCUACGACCACUGUACGACGAGUACGCGGAACCAUAGCAAGCAAGUGAACCGAUACUUUAAGUGCCUGUUAAACCACCUGUCAAUCAAAGCUGGAAACGUCGAGGCCAGUUCAGCCUCGAUACUAUAUGAUGUUAACUUUAAAGAUCUAAGGAAACCAAAGCUUGUCGCUUUCAUCAGACAACUGAAGAGCGGAAAGGCACCUCAAGAAGACAUGGCUCCCGCUGGGCUCCCUAAAUCCCGCAUCUCUGCACUUGGUGAUCCACUCCACACGCUGCAGCUCAACCGAGUUCCUUCUCUCAAAAUUGGGCGAAAUACCCUCGUUUGCAAACGAAUUCGGUUUUGCAAGAGACUCACCUGGAACCCAGCUGAAUCUCCCGUUCGUGAGGUUUCCAGGCAAAUGAAAGUGCAGCAUCAAGCCGCCUCAUGGUUCAGUCGCUACGAUAUUCGGGAUAUCACGAUACGUGUAUAUUCGUAA